UCCAAGCCCUGAGAACUGAACCUCAACUUCAGCCAAUCCUCUUUGAUAACGAGAUCGAGCCUUAUCUGACAGUAUUUUCCUGAAUUCGUGUCUAUUUAUAAUGUAACGCGCUCUUAUUUUUUUUUCUUGACACAUACAGUAGAAUAAAAAUGUCGCGUCUGUUGUGGUGCAGUUUGAUCGUGUUUUUAGCUGUGACAGACAUAGCCUCGACAAAAAGGAUCAAGGAUAUGAUUUAUAUGUCCAUUGAUGGAGUGGCAGCUUGUUUCCGAAGACACAAUGGAACUCACCAGUUCGGCUGCUCCUCACGAAGAGGAGGGAGUGUUGGCGUGAUCCAGAUGGUCGAUGCCCUUGAGGAUGUGGAGUGGCUUGAGAAAAAUGCCACAGCAGGGCCCUACACCGCCGUCAUGCCCUUUUCGAUGUUCACCAAAGACGUGCUGCAUCGUCUUCGGAGUACAAACAAUAUUAAUGGAAUUCUAUUAGCGAAAAAUAGUAGUCACACACUUCCGUCCAGUUAUUCACCCGACGACACGUGUCCAAAUAGAUAUUCUGGAUCAAAAAUGUGCGAUCCUGAGAAACCCUGGAACCCACAGGGAAAUAAUCUUCUGUACGAAGACUGGCCAUUUCCCAUGUUCUACGUCGAGAACGAUACAUUACUCCAAGAGAUGCGCACCUGUUACACAAAGCACAAUGCCCACGACCGAGAGUCCCAACGCUCAAGAUCACUUUGCGCCCUGGAGAUGCAGUCGUUCAUGUCAUCAGCAGUGGACUCCGAGACGUGCAUCAGGCGAAAUAAUUUAAUUCUUUACAUGAAUCCAACAAGAUUCUGCGAUCCUCUGGGUGACAGGAACAUCCACUGGCCAUUGUCUCCCCUGAAGAGUUCCAAGGACUCUGUGACCCUGGUGAUAGCCCGCCUGGACGCAAACUCGAUGUUCGACACAGUGGCCCCAGGUGCCAAUAGUGCAGUGACAGCUCUAGUGACACUUCUGGCGAUAGCCUACUACAUGAAUACCCUGAAUGCAACAGUCAGCAACGAGAAUGUUCUGUUCUCCUUAUUGAAUGGAGAGGCCUUCGACUAUAUCGGCUCGAGUCGAUUCGCCUACGAUCUGAAAGAGGGCAACUUCAACGCCCUGGCAGGAAAAAAUCUCCCCCUCGACUCCAUAAAGACUGUCAUCGAGCUUAAUCAACUGACAGACGACAAGAUCUUCCUCCACACGAACAACUACUCCCCGACGAACGAUAGCCUCAUUAAAUCCCUCGAGACAACCCUCGGAGCAACUCUCCUCCAGGGUAGUGUUCCCCCCACGUCGAUCCAGAGUUUCCUCAGGGUGAAACCGACUCUGUCAACAGCUCUGAUCGCCUCUUACGGGGAGAAGUUUACGAAUAAUUACUACAGUGGAAUUUUAGAUAAUUCUGAAACUCUCGGGGUGGACAAGAGGCCCAUCAACGAGACCCUGACGAGAAUCGCGAUUAAAUUGGGAGAUGUUUUGUAUAAACACGUGACAGGAGUGGAGUCACCAGGUGGAAACGAGAGCUUCAUCGAGGGAUUAAUUUCAGAGAUGCUCUCUUGUUAUACCGGUGACACAAAGUGCAAUCUCUUCAGGGCCGCCUCUCCCCCAGGUGUUAAAUUAGAAAAUCAACCAUUAUCUCUUUACGUGAGUGUUGCCACUAGCCCCAAUAGGGCCACGAGCCUCACAGGACAGCUGCUGGCUCUUCUCACUGGUGUGAAGAUGAAUAUGACAGCUCACGAGUGCCAUGAGCACAGGCUUGCCUGGAUGGGAGGAUAUUCUUUCAAUGGGAGUUGCAUCAACUCAACUGUUAAUUAUACGUCAGCUGUUAGUCCUGCUUUCAUCAUACCCAAGUACUCGAUGAAGUCCGGGGUGUACUCCACCUGGACAGAGUCCAUCUGGGGAAGUCUCAGUGUUCGCAUGUUCCUCAAGCCCUCUGACACUGUCGAGACUCUCAGCAUCUGCCUCGGGGGAUUUGUCGCUGGAUUAUCAUUUAUUGUCGUCUGGUUCAUCAAUUCCAGGGCUCAUAUACUUUUUCAAGGCAGCAGAACACCUCCAAAUUGCUAGGACAACGCCGCGGACCACAUAUCAAUGACGAGGCUCCAGAGGAAUCGGGAACAAAUUCCUGUUACUAGCCUGUGAACCUGAGGCUCUGCUUGGAGCUUCUGUGUGGUGCGCCCUCGGACGUUAUUUAUUCUUUCAUUUUGUAUUUUUU